UCAAAUCACUCCACGUGCUAGUGUCCGUGCCUGCGCGUUGAUCAAGCAUUUCCUGUGUGGUGGUUUUCUGCUGAAUUUCAACAAUUUUAGCCGAUAUAUAGUUAAUAUAUAUUCGAACAGUAUGCAAGGUUAUUGGAAGAUUCUGGCCUUGUUGCUGGUUAGUUUGUUCAUUUGGCAAGGGGUUGCAGCAGACUUUGGAGAUGAAGUUGAUGAUGAUGAUGAUGGAGUGGUUGAAGAUGAGCCAGAUGCUUCAGAACCAGAACCUGUUGUUGUAGAAAAAAAAAAGUAUGAGCCACCAGAAAUUCCAGCAAAACCAUUUUUAGCUGAAACAUUUGAUGAAGCAGACCCAUUGAAGAAAAGUUGGGUCAAGUCACAAGCAAAGAAAGAUGAUGUUGAAGAGGAUAUAGCCAAGUACGAUGGGAAGUGGUCAGUGGAAGAACCUAAAGACUCUUCAUUAUUAGGGGAUUUAGGUUUAAUAUUAAAGUCAAAAGCUAAGCAUCAUGCGGUAUCAAAGAAAUUAGACAGGAUAUUUGAAUUCAGCGGAAAUCCAUUCAUAGUUUCGUAUGAAGUAAGGUUCCAGAAUGGCAUUGACUGUGGUGGUGCUUACAUUAAACUGCUGUCAAAACAAAAUACAGUUGAUCUGAAGUCCUUCCAUGAUAAGACUCCAUACACAAUUAUGUUUGGACCUGAUAAAUGUGGAUUAGAUCAUAAGCUUCACUUUAUUUUCCGUCAUAAGAACCCAAAAACUGGAGAGAUCGAGGAGAAACAUGCUAAGAAACCUGCAGGAAACCUCGAGAAGUACUUCACUGACAAGAAAACGCAUCUUUAUACUUUAAUUGUAAAUCCAGACAACUCUUUUGAAGUUCUAGUAGACAACAAAGUGAUCAACUCUGGCAGUUUGUUAGAAGAUGUAAACCCUCCAGUAAAUCCACCAAAGGAGAUUGAUGAUCCAAAAGAUAAGAAACCCUCAGACUGGGAUGAACGAGAAAAAAUCCCAGAUCCAGAUGCUAAAAAGCCAGAUGACUGGGAUGAGGAUGAGCCUAAGGAGAUACCAGAUGAAGAAGCCAAGAAGCCCGACGGUUGGUUGGAUGAUGAGGAAGCAUUGAUAGCUGAUCCUGAUGCUGACAAACCAGAUGAUUGGGAUGAUGAAAUGGAUGGAGAAUGGGAGGCUCCAUUGAUAGACAAUCCCAAGUGUAAAGAAGCCCCUGGGUGUGGAGAAUGGACACGUCCUAACAUUCCUAACCCAUUAUACAGAGGAAAAUGGAAGCCAGAGAUGAUUGAUAACCCAGAAUAUAAGGGAGAAUGGAAGCCACAGAAAAUUGCAAACCCAGACUAUUUUGAAGAUUUGAAACCAUACAAGAUGACACCUAUUGAAUCUCUUGGUUUGGAAUUGUGGUCCAUGACAGAUGAGAUAGUCUUUGACAACUUUUUAGUGACAGAUGAUAGAGAAGAGCACACAAGAUGGGUAGAACAGACAUGGGAACGUAAAUCUGCUGCUGAGGCUUCCAGUGGAGGAGGGCAAGGUAUCUGGUCCACUUUGAUGUCGUCGGCAGAAGAACGCCCAUGGUUAUAUGCCGUAUACAUUGUUGUCUUCCUGUUACCCAUAGUCCUUCUUUCUAUAUGUCUCUGUCCAAGAUCAGGGCCAAUUAAGCAAGAAGAUAUAGAUGCAGCUCGUAAAAAGACAGAUGAGCCCUCACCAGAUGACGAGAAAACUGAAGAAAGUGAAAAAACAGAAGGGAAUGUAGAUUCAGGGGCAGGAGGAGAUACUCAAACUGACAAAACAAAGAAAUCCAAGGCAGCUUUAGAAAAAGAGGAGGCAGAGGAAGAGGAGGAGGAAGUGUCUCAAGAGGAAGAUAUAGCUGAAGCUGGUGAGGAGGGUAAAGGUGAUACAGGAUCUCCAAGACGAUCACCUAGGAAAAGAAAAACAAGAAAAGAUUAAACAAACUGUGAUUUAGCUUCCAAUAUUUGUCCAAAAUGUGAAGAGUAAAUGGCUGAACGUGGAAAGCUUUUCUAGUUGUAGAAUGUUGCAUUUAUACAUGUAUCACUGUUUGGGAAAAUUCAAAGGUUAUUAGUUAGUUAUGCUUUAUGAUUACAUGAAUGCAUUCAAAUGAUUUGUUAAGUUAUGUUGUUGUUUUUUUAAAUCAAUUUUAAUCACCUACUUUCAAACACUUGCAUCUUUAUUCAAGUGUCAGUGGGUGAACUUAAUACAAUUUUGUUAUCAGUAACAGUUUUUAAAACAAACAAAUAACAUUGAUGUGAAUCCAAUUUCUUUUUUCUUUUUCAUGAAGUCCAUUUGUUAAAAAGUUGUUUAAUGCAAUUUAUUUAUUAAAUUUGUUCCACAUUGAAAUUCAUAUUGCAUUUAGUAGUUUGUGAUGAUUAAACAUAAGAAUUAUAUCUUGGGAGUUACAUGAAAGUGUUAGUUUGAAUUUGUUGAGUGAUUUUAUCAAGUCCUAUUAUGAGAUUAUACAGUGAUGUGUGAGAUCAAAAGAAGAAUGAAAUAUGAAUUUGAUAGUUUGUAGCUCUCUGUGUGGGUUGUCAAAAGCCUUUGAUACUAUUGUGAUUUUUUUCAUUCUCUGUUUUUAUGGAAAUUAAUGUUAAGUGUUGUUUAGUUGUCUGUUAGGGUAUUGUAGGGUUAUACGCGUCCAGAUGAUUGAUCUUCAUUUGUUUAUAAUAAAAAAAGCAUCUGAAAUCCUUAAUACUUUUUAAGUUACUUUGUUUUUUUGGAAAAAAAUUCUUUAAUUGAAUCGCACCACUAUAAAACUUAUUUUCUUUAACUUACAGUGUUUUAGUUAAAAAUUGUUGCUUGGGUUACAUAGAGGGAAGACUUGAUUUAGAGGGACAAGCAUGGUUUGUGAUAGCACGUUGGCAAAGAUAUGUAGGAUAGGUCAGAUAUAGGGGAAUAGGAAAGUUUUUUUUUUGGGUUUUUUUUUCAUUACCCUCUGCAAUUAUAUUUUGUAUGUUAUCAGUUGUUUAAGACAUGUCAACUUAAUGCUAAAAGUCCUUAAGCUACCUUACAGCUUUCAUCUUAAUUACAAAUGUAUAGACUUAAAAUAGUUGUUACAACUUGUUGCAAUGUAAUGAAUAUGUAAAUAUUGGAAAAGAUUCAAUAGCUUCUCUGUAUAAUUAUAAUGCAAUGAUCCCAGCAUAAUGUGUUUACAAAAUUAGGUUGCACUUUUUUCAUUUUUGAAGUAUGGUGAUAUUGUUGUAUUAGUAGGGUAAGAGGUCUGCAGUCUAAACUAUUGGGGUGUUACUGUAUCAGGCUUAAAGGUACAAAAUGAUGGAGAAUCACUAGCACAUUUUUGUUUGCUUUAUUUUAUGUGCCAUUAUUUCAUUAUGUUUAUAUGUCACAAUCACAGUUUCGUUGAGGACAUUCCUGUGAAUACUACAUACAUUUUUAUACUAUAAGUCUAUUGUUUUGAGAAGUUUCUGCAUGUUAUGUUUGUUCUCACACUAUUGUUCAAGAUGGCAGAGCUUUCCCUUUAGUGCCAUGUUCCUUUUCUAGUGGCAUUUUUAAGGAUAAUGAGACAUAUUUUCCAUACAUAUCGAGUAUUAAAUCUUCAACCUUGGUCAAAUGGCAGCUGAAAAACAACAAACUUUAAAGGUGAAUAUUUACUUUUCUUGAUUUGGUUGUCUUGGCAGCGAAAGGAGGCCUGUUCUCCACACAUACUAAAGCUUUAAAGGUCUGUCAUUUGAGAAAUAGUACUAAAAGUGGGCAAAAAAAGGUGUACUGCCUGGGUGGGAGGUGGGGCCAAAUGUCAUGAAUUUAUGGUCAUGGCUCCUUGAUUUCAAGUGAAAGUCAAGUCCUUGAACAACUUUCGCUAACCUCGUCAUGGCCACUUAAUUUCAAUUGAAGAUCAAGUUCUUGAACCACUUGUACUAACAUUCUCUGGAUGAAAGUUUUUUCAUUUUAAGUGAUUAUUUCCACAACUACUGGCAACUUUCAGUUCAGUUGUUUGGUAACAGUUUUUGCUUUAGAUACAAUGAAAUAACCUUAAUGGCAAUUGUUUUUAAAAGUUACGUAAAAUAAAUAGCCAGACAACUUAUUUUUGAUGCCUUGUUUGAAGAUGUAUUACUUAAAAAAAAAGGAUGUGAGAGUUUACAGAUAACAAAAUUUAAUGUGAAAUAUAAAUUUUUCAAGUUCAGUGAAAUACAUGCCUGAAAACUGUGUCAGGGAGUCUGCAUGUCUUGUGUUUGUUUUCAUGGUUUAUUGUUAAUGUCAGAUCCAUUCCUUCUACACAAUACCUUCUUUUAUAAGGAUUGCAGGCAUUGUAUAGAAAUAUUCUGUUUUAUAUCAAAUAAGAAAGUCUGCUUUCGUUCAUUUAAAAAAUUGUGAUACUUAAAUUUUAACCUUUAGCCUGCUGAUGGCAAAUGAUUCUGUCUUUGCAACCAGUGCAGACCAAGAUCAUGGUCUGCACUGUUCGCUAUUUAGUUAUUAAAUUUUCUGUGAACAUCCCUUCAAAUAAUAAAUGGUACUGCCCAAAUUGAAUAAUGGACCAGUCCAUCUUAGAAAUUUAGCAGGGUAAAGGUUAAUUUCAUGAGAUACCGGUAAGCAGCCAGGUUUGUCUUCAUUUAUAUUUUACUGAUAAGGCUUUAACUUAUUUUGCUCAUUUUUUCCCCAAACUUUUAUCCUUUUUCUGCAUGUACAUGGUUGGUCUGUGGAUAAGUGGAAUUUUAUGGUUUAUAUUUGAAUUGAAAAAAUUUGCAUGCCAAGGUGUUUGCUUGUUGAUGGAAAAAAAAAACAGAGGUAAAAAUUAUGUUUGUAUAUAAAGAAAAUGUUAUGAUGUGUUUUAAACAGAAUAAUGUAAUUUAUUAUGCAAAGAAAAUUAAAUGAUAAAACACUUUUAAA